AAAGGGCCAGAGUAAAUGCACAGGGCUCUUAGUACCCCCAGUACCUUGUGAUCUCCAUCAUAAAGACUGCUAAGUGUAGCCCUGGGCCCCCACAAACUCUGGGGAGCCCCACCGCUUCCCAAAGAAAGCAUGCACUCAAGUUUUUAUCAGUAGAAAUGACAUGUCCUUAAAUUAUAUGCUUAAACAUACCUUUUUCUAAUGAAAUGUAUCUGUGUUCUUGAGGACACAGCAAUUUUGAGGGACAUUUUGUGUACAAAUGGCAGUUUCUCAGAAUUCCUUCCUGAAAAAGCUAAAAGAUGAGUUCACAGGAACAUCAAAACAUGCCUUCACAGACUGGUUCAAUAUUUUAUGAUAUGUAGAAGCAGCUGCUCACAGUGGAGAAGGUUGUUUUGUCAAAAAAAUGAUCCUUCUUGAUUGUAUUUGUCUCUCUGGUGAUAGCCUUAUUAGUCAUUACAAGAUAGGGGGGAAAAAUUAAAAGGAUAGAGUUACAAUGUGUUUAUUCCAAAGACACCUACAUUGUGCAAGUUAGUAACAUCUUUUAUUUCUUUCCCCAUACCUUUUUCUUGAAUUGCUUUCUACCAAUUUUAUAAGAAAAGCAUAAUUUACCUGGUUUCUAGGUAUUUUAAAUUUCUUAAGAAUAUCCUGAAUUUAUUUUCUGUAGAGUGCAGAUUAAUAUUAAUUCGAUCAAAAUGUGCUAAAAGUUUAUAACCUUGUUUUUCUUUCAUAAAUAAACUAACCUCAGAGAAACUAAGAAUAUAGUUACUCUUUAGACUUAAAGAAUUUCAACUUAAAAUCAGUAAAUACUCCUGGUAUUUCCUUAAGAAAAUUUUUACAAGCCAGAAAUAUGAUAGCUCUACAGAAUGAAGUUAACGCUUUGUAUGCAGGUCAGGUUCCAUCUCUGGUACUAUAUGAUCCCCAAACUGGGAGAGUAUUCCCUGAGUAUUGUUGGAUAUACCAAAAAAACAAAACAGCUUUAUAAAUGCAUCUCCUCUACCAAUUUUCAGGCGUUUAGUUUUUAGAUAUUAUUUCAAAUAUACUAAUUUUGCUUUGCCACAGUGUGAAAAUUUCUAAAUUUUCUUGUCUGCCACUAGAAAACGCUCUGUAUACUAAGGUUUGAGAGAGGAGACUUAGAAUAGUUGACAUUUUAACCAGCUUUGCCAUAACAUACUAUAUUUUCCUACCACUUAGCCAAAUCUAAUUAGAAGGAUAAAAGUGGAAUUUUGCAUUUCUUUAGAGGCUCCCAGACUGCAGUUUCUAUUUGGUUGUCAUGAAAAGGCUCUUGGUUAGUUCCCAGAAGAGUGAUUUAUAGCUUGGGAAACAUGUUCGUUUCAAGUUAAAAAGAUAAUGUCUUUAUAAUUUUACAUGGUUAUGUAUUCAGAUAGGGGGAAAACAAUUUCAGCUGUAGGCUAUAGGAUUUGUGCUUAGGAAAUGCAAAUGGCAAUGUCAGGUCCACUUGUAUCCACAUCCAAAUACCAAAAGUGGUAUUUAGUUCCAAAGAAAAAUGUUGGAAUUGUUCUAAUAUUUUAGAUCAUAAUAUAUUAAUGGAAUGUUUUAAUUUAUAUUGUAUGUUAAUAACCAUUAUCUGGUAUUUUUCCAACUGCUGGAGAACCUUCUCUGUUGGUCACUGGAAUGUUACCGUGGUUACAGUCUGUUUUGGAUCUAGAAUAGUGAAUUUUGGAAUCACUGGCAAUACAGGAAGACAGGCUUGAAGCCAGGGAAGGCUGAAAAGCCUGCAGUGUAUAGUCAACAUGGACCGGAAAACUGUACAGAAGUUAGUAGGAUCCAUUGGUAGUACUGUCACGAGCUUCACAAAAAGUGAACUAGAGUGUUUGGUCAAACUUUUUCACACCUUUGUAAAAUCAAAUGACAUAAGACCUGAUAUUGUUGGACUAGAUCGUGUUGCAUUUCGAAGGAUUCUGCACAGCAUAUUUGGAAUGACCGAUGAUAGUCUAAUGAAUAGGGUAUUUUCUGCUUUUGACAAAGACAAGGACAACUUCAUAAAUGUAAACGAGUGGGUUAAAGGAUUGUCAGUGUUUCUUCGAGGAACCUUUGAAGAAAAGCUAAAGUUCUGUUUUGAAGCAUACUAUUUGAAUGGUGAUGGCUACAUUUCUCGAGAGCAAAUAUUUGACAUGCUGAAGAACAGUCUAAACCAACCAUCAAACGAAGAAGAGAGUUAUGAAGGCAUAGAAGAGUUGGUUGAUAUAACAUUGAAGAAAAUGGAUUAUGACAAUGAUGGCAAGAUAUCUUUUGCUGACUUUGAAAAAGCAGUGAAAGAAGAGAGGCUUUUGUUGGAGGUAUUUGGACCAUGUUUACCAGAAGCAAAGAACUGCCUUGAAUUUGAAGCACUAGCAUUCAAACACAUUCUGACAUCUGGUUUUUAA